AUGAUAACCCCUAUCAAGCACGGAGUUUUACGACAAGCGUCAACAAACGAGAGAACAGAAGCACAACGGCAGGCUGAACUUAAGGCUAUAAAAGAAUACCAGGCUCUUGACAAACUUGUCCUUCAAAAGAAAGUGGAGGGUGAUUUCUCCAAAGGAGCAUUUGAUAAGACCUCAGAGCUACUCUUAAAAAAUGCCGAGUACUAUACCAUAUGGAAUUACAGACGCAUAAUAUUGCAGUCUAUGUUUUUAGAACGACCGGAGUCCACGCAGGCGCAGUCCGAAGACCAUGUUCGAGAACUUAUCCAACAUGACCUGGGUUUCCUUGUACCAUUACUGCAGAAGAACCCAAAAUGCUACUGGAUCUGGAACCAUAGAUUAUGGCUUCUACAACAAGCGACUGAACUCUUAGAGGGAGCAGUAUCGCGGAAGUUUUGGGAAACCGAACUUGGUCUGGUUGGUAAGAUGCUUAAUAGAGAUGGGCGGAAUUUCCACGGGUGGGGAUAUAGACGAGCGGUGGUUGAUGCACUUGAGAGCAUACCAAAUGAGCCAUCGGAACCUUCAGUUAGCGAGUCUCCAAAAAGCAUGACACAGGAUGAACUGGAUUAUACCAUGAAAAUGAUUGGAACCAAUCUGUCUAAUUUUUCGGCAUGGCACAGCCGGUCUAAACUAAUUCUAAAGGUUUUAGACGAAAGUGCAGCUGAUGAUGAAAAGAGAAAAAGUAUGCUGGAUAGCGAGCUGGGUCUCGUCCAUCGUGCAUUAAUUGACCCAUACGACCAGUCAAUUUGGUUUUACCACCAGAACUUGAUGUGCACCUGUGAUAUGGAGCUUGCCUCCCAGACGAUGGCUCCGAACUUGGCUGAUAGUGACCGGCUUAAGUAUCUUAGGCAAGAAAUUGAAGCCAUCGAAGAUAUACUGGAGGAUACCAAUGAUUGUAAAUGGAUAUAUCAAGCGCUGAUUACUUACACGUUACUUGUUGCGAAAAUAAACAAACAAGUGGACACAGUACAACAGCAACGAAUAUCGGGAUGGCUUACCGAGCUGAUGCGUCUGGAUCCAUUGAGGAAAGGCCGAUGGGAUGAUUUGAAAGGAUGGUGUAAGGCGACGGAAUAA